AUGCUGGGCACGGGCGUCACUGUGUUGGCCGACGCAGGCAGAGGGAGCCGUCGAGACGGGGGCGCGCCCGGGGUGACUCCCAUCGACGAGUCGGAGCGCGUUGCCCUCGUCAAGCACCUCAACUGGGCGCUCAAGGGGGACCCACACACGGGCGACGUCGUCCCGAUGGACCCGAGCGGCGACGCCGUCUUCAAGGCGGCCGCGCCCGGCGUCCUGCUGUCCAAAUUUGUGCUGCGCGUCGCACCGGCGGCGCUCGACCCGCGCGCGCUGAACCUGCCACAGGGUCGCCCCCUCGGCAGCGACGCCAAGCUGCAGAACCAGACCCUGUGCCUCAACGCCGUCACCGCCGUCGGCUGCGGCGUGCAGGGCCUCUCGCCGCGCCAGCUGGUGGACGCGCCGUCCCACCAGCAGGGCACGCUGCAGCUCGUGUGGAACCUCACGCGCAGCGCGCUGCUCGGCCCGAUCAAGACGAGCAAGAUGCCGCAGCUCAACGGGCUGUGCCUGGUCGGCGAGGACCCGGCGGUGCUCGCAAAGUACCGGCCCGAGCAGGUGCUGCUGCGCUGGGUCAACCACCACAUCCGCGGCUACCUCGAGGCGAGCCCGGAGCAGGCGGCCGUCCCGCGCACCUUCCGCGUCACCAACCUGCACGCCGACCUCGCCGACGCGCUCGCGCUCGCGAUCGUGCUGCACCAGGUGCUGCCGCACCGCAGCGCGGCGUGGGACGCGGCGUGCGCCGCCCUCGGCGCGUCCUCCACGUCCGAGCGCGCCGAGGGCGUGCUGGAGGCGGCGAGGUUAGGCGGCGUCGAGAUGUUUGAGCCGCAGGCGGGUGACCUCACCGCGCCGCGGCCGCGCAUGCUGCUCGCCUUUGUGGCUGCGAUCUUCCACACGCACCCGGGGCUGGUUGAGCAGCCCGCCGCGCCCAAGGCCGCCAAGGCCCGCCGUGCGCUGCGCAGCAACCCGUCGCAGGCGCGCGAGGAGGCGGCGCUGCGCAUGUGGAUGGCGUCGCUUGGGCUGGGGCUCGAGUCGCUAUCCUCGCUGUACGAGGACUGCCGCGACGGCGUCGCCUUCCUGCGGCUGGUCGACUUUAUCAAGCCGGGCACCAUCGACUGGAGCCGCGUGCUGCUCGAGCCGCGCUCGAUCUACGAGCGCGUGCAAAACUGCAACCAUGCCGUCCGCGCCGCGCGCUUCCUCGGCCUCGUCGUGGAGGGCUUCUCGGGCAAGGACCUCGCCGACGGCAUCUCGAUGUACAUCCUGUCGAUGGCGUCGCAGCUGAUGCGCGCGCACGUGUGCCUCUUCCUCGACGAGCUGGGCCUCGGGGAGGGCGACGUGCUUGAGUGGGCAAACUGCCAGGUGCGCCGGCACGACGACGCCUUCGAGAUGCGCCUCCGCGGCUUCGCAGACGCGCAGAUCCGCACGGGCGUCUUCGUGCUGCGGCUGCUGCGCGCCGUGGCGCCAGAGUGCACCCGCGAGGAGCUCAUCCUCCCGGGCGACACCGAGGAGGAGCGCGCGCAGAACGCGCGGUACGCCAUCUCGUGCGCGCACAAGGCGGGCUGCACCGUCUUCGCCACCUGGGAGGACGUGAUCGAGGGGCGGCCGCGCAUGAUCCUCUGCUUACUCGCCGCCCUCAUGGCGGAGGACUUGCGACGGCACGAGGAGGAGUCGCAAGCCGCACCGGCGGCCUGA